AUGAAAGAAUAAAUAAUGAAACUCGAAUGAAAAUGGCUCAAAAAAUUUUGCAAAAACAAGUAUCCGAAGAAAUUGCUCCUAAAAAAUAUACUGUCAAUGUUCAAGAAUUAAAUAAUUUUUUAAAGAAAGAUUUACCAUUGGAUUUAUUAGGCACAAAUUCGAUUAAAUUAUUUGACAGAUUUAACAUUCCAAAAGAUUUUUUAGAAGUUCACCCCAAAAACUGGAAUGAUCUAGAAGGAUACCAAAAAGGAAAGGAAAUAAUUGAAUCUCUCCGGGUAGUCAAUGACACAGCAGAGAGAGUGGUAAAACUUAUGGAAGAAUUUAAUGACAAGUUUACCAAAAAUGAGGAUCAAAAGCAGUUUGUUUUACAAACAGUGCAAGAUAAUCGAAAAAAAUAUCCUGGUGCUAGUAGAGAAACACUUAAAACAUCGUUUGACUGAAAAAAAUAUUUGAAAGACAGUAAUAUAUCAAUUA